CUACCGACGUACCAAACAACUGUAAUCCCACAUACAGUGAAGCGAUUGUGGGAGGGAUUGUCCUGUCCACUCUUAAUAAAAAUAAAAUAUUACUCUGUAUCAUACGUAAAUUCUAAUGUCAUUGUAUCCCUGACCUUGUAUGGACAAGUUUUCGGCUGAUAGCUGACUUUCAAAACAAGAAAUAAUGGAUUUUAACGUCAAAAGAUUUGCAGCGGACGCCGGUACUUUCCUCAGUCGCGCAGUUCAGUUUACCGAAGAAAAAUUUGGACAGGCAGAGAAAACAGAGUUGGACGCGCAUUUGGAGAACCUUCUGGGCAGAGCAGAAUGCACCAAGCACUGGACAGAACGGAUAAUGAAGCAAACUGAAGUCCUACUACAGCCAAAUCCAAAUGUGAGGAUAGAGGAAUUCUUUUAUGAGAAACUUGAGAAAAAACUACCAACUCGGGUGAACAACCAUGAGCUGCUCGGCCAGUCCAUGAUUGAUUCUGGGAAUGAGUUUGGACCAGGAACAGCCUACGGCAACGCAUUGAUUAAAUGUGGAGAGACAGAGAAACAGAUUGGUGGAGCUGAGAAAGAGUUUAUCCAAAGCUCUGCAAUCAACUUCCUGACACCUUUUCGGAAUUUCCUUGAGGGCGAUUUUAAGACUAUCUUGAAAGAGCGCAAGCUGCUGCAGAAUAAGCGGUUGGAUCUGGACGCAGCCAAGACGAGGCUAAAGAAGGCCCGGAUGGCAGACGCCAGAGCCGUGGCAGAGCAGGACUUGAGGAUGACUCAGAGUGAGUUUGACCGACAGGCGGAGAUCACCAGGCUCCUCCUCGAGGGAAUCAGCAGCACUCAUGCACAUCAUCUGCGCUGCUUGAACGACUUUGUGGAGGCUCAGACCACGUACUAUGCACAGUGUUACCAGUACAUGGUUGACCUGCAGAAACAACUUGGAAGCUUCCCCUCCACAUUCGCCUCUAACAACAACCAGUCGUCGGUGACCGGGGGUGCCAGCGUGUCGGUGCCCACCCUCCCGCUGUCGUCCUCUUUGCCCGCCGGCCGCAGCUCGUCCGCCUUCAACGAGCUGCGCAGCUGCAGCGGCAGCCGCAAGGCCCGCGUUCUCUACGACUACGACGCCGCCGGCAGCAGUGAGCUCUCCCUGCUGGCAGACGAGGUGAUUAUGGUGAGCAGUGUCCCAGGGAUGGAUCCUGAUUGGUUGAUGGGUGAGCGCGGUAACCAGAAGGGAAAAGUGCCAAUCACUUACCUGGAGCUGCUGAACUAGGGUCCCUGAUGGCCAGCCACAGCACAGCCAAGCGUAAUCCAGCCCCAAUCUCAUAUUUAUAAUAAUAAUUAAUGAUAAUAAUAACUUGUAUGCAACUAUGCUUUUUAGAGGUGCUUUUUUGUCUGUUUUGUGCCAUCUGGUUGAGGGACACCUCUGCUGCCUCUAGCCACCACACUGGGAGCUUGAACUGGGUCCGUCCCACCAAACAUCUCAGAGCCCCGCCCCACCCCACCCCCCUGACCCCACACCCUAUUCAACACCCCAAAAGUGUUUACAAAUCAUUUAUGCAGAUGACGUGUUGGUUUUUGGAAUAGUGAUUUAGGUGUGAUUGACUGCUACUUGCCCCCCUGCUUCAUUAAGGGGCUGUGAAAUGCAGGGAAGGGGGGUGUUGUAUGUUUUAACUAUGAUAGUUUUCUUUUUUUUUUGCGAGAGAGAUAACACGUGAGCACUUGAAUGUAAAGAAAGACUGAAAGAUUGAGAUUGAUUUUUAUUUCUGUUUCUUUUCAUUCUGAGAAGUCUUAGUGUAAGUGGGACUGCUUUUUAGAAGUCUGUGCCUCUGAGAGAAAGAGACUGAGAAAGAGCUGUGUGUUCCUCCCAGAGGAACCUCUUUUCCAGGGUUGACCAUAUCAGUAUCUUGAACGAGAGCCUUCUCUGAAUUCCUUAAGAUUAAGGAGUAGAGACAGCAGGUCAUCAAUUACAUUUAGGGCUCCAUAGCUUCAGCUCCGUGCCUUUGGUAUUGCCAGAUAGGCUUGAGGUCUUACAUAAAUUACAACACUUGAACCUCUGGAUUUAAAUGCCUUAACUGCACCAGAACUCUUUGUUCCUGCCAUUUCAAGUUAGGCAUAAUGAAAUUAAAGAAGACGUUUUCUUCUUUUUCAAAAGACAAAAAAAAAAUAUGGACCAACUUUUCACCAUUGACCUUAAUGACAAGAAGCACACUCCACCCCAGUAGGCCACCCUGCCCCCAUCACCCCCUCCUCUCAGGUUCCGUCGUCCGUAGGGUGUAGCUAAUGCUCAUGAACACACAGGAAGUGAACAGGAAGUGCCUUAACGUAUCCUUCUGCCUUAAGUGUGCGUAUAGCACCGGGGUUCCUUACAGACAGUUUAAUUAAACAAAAGCCGUGGUCUUAACCCUCAGUUAACUAACUUUUCCUACAUCGUAUCCUCCCCAUACUCUUCCACUCUAUAUCCAGAGAACUGUUCAGAGAUUCGUUGGUUUAUUAUCUUAAUUAUAUAACAGCUGAAGAAAACAGGUUAUCCAUUGUUAAUGGCCUCUUUUGUCUUUUGUUAAGUUGUUUUCAUAGAUUGUUGUAAAGAAUGUAAGCAUUAUGUAUUAAAGACCCUUGUGGUAUAGCCUUUUA